CUUAUCCUUGAUGAACAACACCAAAGAAGCCACCGGCCACUUGCCCGUCAAUACCCAUGACUCUCGGCUCACUGUGGGCACGGGCAAGAAGCCGGCCGAUCUUUCUCCGUCAGUUCUCGGUCUACCUGUUUGGCCUUGCAACAUGGGUUCCGGCCAUCAUUUGGUUCAAUACAAACGUUGCCGAGUUCACCGUGAUUGAUGGGCCGUCAAUGUACCCCUUUCUGAAUGACAGAAUCAACCAGUCACUGCGCCGAGACCUGGUUCUAAACUACAAGCUGUAUGCACAGGAUAAUCUUGCGCGCGGCAUGGUGGUGACGUUCAGGAGCCCCCUCGACCCCGAAAAGAUGGCAGUGAAGAGGAUCAUCGGCCUCGAAGGCGAUGUCGUGCAGACCCGGCGGCCGUAUCCGAACGCCUACAUUCGGGUUCCUCCUGGUCAUGUAUGGGUCGAGGGCGACUCGGCAGAUGAACGGAAGACCAUGGACAGCAAUACAUACGGACCCAUCUCGUCGCGCCUCGUAACCGGCCGUAUAACACAUAUACUUCUGCCUUGGCAUAAAGCUGGUCGGGUGAAGUGGUGGGAACAUGAAGACGGACGAGGAGUCAUGUAGCCAUGACCUCGCUCUCGAAUAUUCGACACUGAGCAAUUGGGAAGCCGGCUUUCUCGUAUGAAUGGGUCCUAUGUAAAAUUAUAUGCGCGUACUAUUUUCAAUGGGCUUGACGGAACUAAGCAUGUCGUUUUGCUCCUGUUAGUGGUACUUGGUAGAUUGUACAUCUGUAUGAAUCAGGCCGUCUUUCAAAAUGUCCAGGCCGUAGCUCGGAGCUUUCGGAACCGCCGAUCUGAUGGCCCGCGCGUCGGCCUUUGUCAAAUCA